AUGGCUCUGAAGACUUGGGAGUCCACCUUCGCGCCUUCACUUGAUGCUUCACAGUGGCCGGAGUAUAAUGGCGAUGAAUAUGUGCCCGAUUGUGGGCUAUUGAAACAAAAGACAGGGAGGAGGAAGAGGAAACGUCUUCGAAAUGAGAUGGAUGAUAGCAGCAAAGGUUACGGUGAAGACAUGGCGAUGGCGCACCCCGACUACCCGCUCCUUGAGACGUUUUACGAUAGGGAGCACCGAGCGCACCUUAUGGUCGACGACGGCGAGGUGCUAUCACCACUUCGGAUUCACACUCACAGCCCUCUUAGGUGGGAUGAGAGGUAUGCCCCAUGCAUUGGGCGUGCAGGAUUCCUACCGUUGGCCCGGUUGGUCAUGACCGGGUUGCCGAUGUUCGACAACGCAGCUUUGACGGCGCUAGUCGACCGCUGGAGGUCCGAGAUACACACCUUCCAUCUCCCUUGCGGCGAGCUCAUGGUCACUCUCCAGGAUGUGGCCAUGAUACUCGGGCUUCCAGUGGACGGCCAGCCUGUUUGUGGGAAUGUGCAACCCGCAGGGUGGAGAGACAUGGUCGAGCUGAUUGUUGGCACGAGGCCACCAGAGCCUACGCAGGAAGCGAAGGAUAAGAAACCUUUAGGUGUCAGCUCCGCCUGGUUGGCUCAGAAUUUUACAGAAUGUCCUCACGAUGCAGUGGAGCACGUCGUCGAGAGGUACGCCCGCGCUUGGUUGUGGCUUCUUGUUGGAGGCUACUUGUUCCCAGACAGGACUGGGAACACAGUAUCGUGGAUGUACUUGCCGCUACUAGGAAAGGAAUGGGAGAACGUCGGCCUUUACAGUUGGGGAUCAGCCACGCUCGCAUUUUAUUUCGACUAA